AUGCGGCCACCGGAGCAGUUAAGCUCCGCCAGCAACAGCAGAUCACCUCGAUUUCGUCGGUCCACCUCCACACCCCUUAGGUCGCAGCCGUCCAUUGCUCGCUGCCGAUCAGUCGUACGCAACCGUAUCUCUCACGCCAACGAACCGCCGUCGCCGUCUCAGCCCGCCAUACCGCCGUUGUCUUCUCAUUCCGCUGCCGAAGUCGCAUUCCCGCCUUCCGACCGCUGCCGCCGUACUGAUAGUAACAGCGCCGCCGCUCGCCGCCUCCGAUGUACAGUCCGGCGAACGAUCACUGCCGGCCAUCCUCGCCGGUCCGACGGCGGUUUCCCAAAAAAAAAUAGUUACCGUCAAGCACGUCUAUUGGUCGCCACAACUACCAUCCUUGCCGGGCCCGUCACCAGCGUGGAGGACGACGGUAGUAAGGCUGGUUGCAGAGGCGGAGUUGAUUCCGGCAGAUCUGGUUGCAGUGGCGUUGCGACGGGACAGGUGGAUCUCACAGCGGUGUGCUUCGCCAAGGUCUACCUCGGCCGCCCCCUCGACGGCGGCGCUGACGUCGCCGUCAAGGUCAUCGACAAGCGAUCCGCCGCCGCCGCCUCCAUGGAGCCCCACAUCCUCCGCGAGGUCUCCGCCAUGCGCCGCCUCCGCAGCCACCCGCACAUCCUCGAGCUCCACGAGGUCCUCGCUACCAGAUCCCGGAUCUACCUCGUCAUGGAGCUUGCCCCCGGCGGCGAGCUCCUCGCAAGGGUUCGCCGACACCGCCGGCUCCCGGAGCCCGCCGCCCGCCGAUACUUCCAUCAGGUCGUCUCCGCCCUCCGCUUCUGCCACAGGAACGGAGUCUUCCACCGGGACAUCAAGCCCCAGAACCUCCUACUUGACCGGAACGGGCUCCUCAAGAUCACCGAUUUCGGGCUCUCUGCACUCUUUGACCAGAAGCGGGCCUGCGGAGACCUGAUCCACACUGCCUGCGGCACGCCGGCGUACACGGCGCCGGAAGUCGUCCGCCGGAGCGGUUACGACGGCGGGAAGGCCGAUGCCUGGUCGUGUGGGGUCCUCCUCUACGUUUUCCUGGUUGGCAGCCUCCCCUUUGACGAUGGCAAUUUAUCAAACAUGUAUCGGGCCAUGAACCAACGGGCCUUUGAUUUGCCAGAUUGGCUGUCGAGGCCGGCGAAGAUGGUGAUAUACAAGCUCUUGGACCCGAACCCAAACACAAGAAUGGGCCUAGACGAGUUAAUCGGGCUCUCCUGGUUCAAGAAAUCCUACUCGGAGAAUAAUCUGGCGGCACGGGACGUCAGGCCGGGCUUUUUAGAUGGGAGUGAGUUCAAGCAUUCCCCUAAUUUAAAUGCCUUUGACAUAAUAUCCAUGUCCUCUGGUUUAAAUUUGUCCGGGCUUUUCGAGAAGGAGACUGUUCAUACGGAUAUGAGGUUUUUAGCCUGUGGUGUGGAUGUGGCAGAGAUUGAGAAGAAGGUGGCUGGUGCUGGGGCUGCAUUGGGGUUCAAAAUCGAAUUAGGGAAAGUUGGGGGGUUGAUAAGGAUGGUAAAGGGAGGGGUAGUUUUGGUAAUUCAGGUUCGGCACGUUGGGGCAGUCGGGCUGUGGUUACUGGAGCUGAAUCUUGUUGAUGGCGCGGUGGCCGAUUUGGAGGAUUUGCAGUGGGAGGAGUUGAAAACAGGGCUUGGUGGUGGUGUCUCAAUGAACAAAGAGGUCUAA